AUGUCCCAUGUAGCCACCGUUGAAGAAAUUGACAUAUUCGACCGAUAUUCCAGCUACACUCACCUUCUACGAGUGAUAGCGCUUUUGUUACGAUUUAUAGAUAAUUGCGAAGCUAUGAAAUUAAAGCUUGAAAUGUCAAAGUCGUUUUUAACAACAAAUGAACUACAGCGGGCGCAUAACGCUUUGGUUAGGAAAGCUCAAACAGCAUCAUGUGCGCCGGAAUUACGAAGCAUACGUCAGGGUAAGCAAUUGCUAGUUUCACACAAAUUAGCCAUGCUAUCCCCUUUCAUUGAUGGCGAUGACGUGUUACGAGUUGGGGGAAGAAUCACGAAUGCAGAUGUAAACUACGAUCAGAAGCAUCCUAUUAUUCUCAACAAGGAUCAUCAGUUGACAAAGCUUAUCAUAAAUGAUUAUCACGUGAGAAAUUUGCAUGCUGGAAACCGGCAACUUCAUUACUUACUGGGUAUUCGCUACUGGAUUCCCCGCGUUACGAUUGCCGUCAAGCGCUGUAUUUAUAAGUGUACUGUCUGUAUGAGACAGCGUGGCAUUCCAUACCAGCAACAAAUGGGUAACAUCCCUCGUCCACGAUUGAAUCCAGGCAGCACGUUUCUGAAUACUGGAGUGGAUUUCGCAGGGCCAAUCCAGCUCCGUUCAUGGAAGGGUCGUGGCUCACGACUGUACAAAUGUUGGAUUGCGCUUUUUGUGUGCCUCGCUACGAAACGCGUUCACAUUGAAUUGGUCACCGAACAAUCUACCGCUGCUUUUAUAGCCGUCUUACGUCGUUUUAUCGCCAGGCGCGGAAAACCCAUGCACAUCUAUUCCGAUAAUGGAACCAAUUUUGUAGGGGCUGAUCAGCAACUGCGAGAAAUUCACCAAUUGCUUCAGUCAUCUACAACACAAGAUGGUAUCACACGUGAACUCGCUGACCAGCAUAUUCAGUGGCACUUCUCGCCUCCGUCCGGACCGCACUUUGGUGGCAUCUGGGAAGCUGGUGUGAAAUCGAUGAAACACCACUUGAAGCGCACGCUAGCUGAUACUUCAGUCACCUACGAAGAAUUGCAAACGGUGUUACGUCAGAUCGAAUUCUGCCUUAAUUCCCGUCCAUUAUGCGUUAAGUUCGAGGACGAUAUUGAACCAUUAACACUUGCACAUUUUUUAAUUCUCCGAUCACCUACAACAAUACCAGAUGAGAACAUGCUAAAUUUGAAAGAAAAUUCUCUCAAUCGAAGGCAGUAUCUUCAGCACCUUGUCCAACAAUUCUGGCAGAAAUGGUCAAGAGAAUACUUCAUUCAACUACAACAGCCGCCUAAGUGGACGCAUAAGAUGGAAAAUUUACAAAUCGACGACGUGUUCAUCAUAAAGGAUGACAACUUGCCGCCAUCCAAGUGGACAAUUGGAAGAGUCACUGAACUACAUCCUGCUGCUGACGGGCUCGUUCGUGUAGUAACGAUAAAGACUGAAAAAAGAAUACUCAAGCGAAACUCUGUCCAUUAUUUUUGGACGUUUGAAAGCGGAUGCUUUCAAGAGGGGCGGAAUGUUUAA